CGUAACAUAAAACAUAGUUCAGUCUAGGGAUAUUUGUUAUUUUACCAACAUAAAUCAACAGUUGGUGGAUGUAAAACGAGCACAAUCACACACUCAUCACCGUCUAAUCUUCCUCGAAUUCUAUUUUUCGACAAAUGACAACGUCACUUUUGACGUACAAAUGUUAGGUUAGAACGGUCAAAAUUUCUGAACAUUCAGAUAACCAAAGUUGCAUUUCCUUCCCUAGUGUUGUAUUAAUACGGUUUUAAACAACCAAAAUGUCAACUUUGGAGUAUUCCAAAUCACUUCAAGCCUGGGGAAGAUCGUCAUGGAAAAACGUCCACAACUGUAAACAGUGCCCCUAUUUUACAACAUCGCUUUUCUUUAUGGUCAACCACGUGCGACGACACCGCCUCCCUGUGAAAGAAUUCGCUUGCCGAAGCGCCGAAAUUGAAUCAUACCACUGUAAAGACUGCAAUUUUAAAACGGAACUAACGAUUUUAUUCAAACAACACAUUAAUAAAAAUCACAGCGUUAAAAGCGAAUCAAGGGACGAUUUAUCACUUCAGGACUUCAAAAUCCAAAAUUACGUUUGCGAAAAGUGCGAUUUAGAAUCAAACAUGUUUUUAAAAUGGGCUCGACAUACUUCUAAAUGCACGACAAAAAAAAGUGUGAGUUGUGUGAAAGAGGAAACCACGUAUAUGUUCCAUUUCAAGAAAGUUGACGGGAAACGUUGGUAUUACUGUGCACUGUGUACCUACAAAGUUAGAAAUAAAGCAAUUUUAAAAUGUCAUAUGGGAAAACAUACUUUAAGUAAACAAUAUACGUGUGAUAAGUGUCCAUUUAAGUGCAGGUGGAAAGGAAGUUUAAGCAAUCACGUAAAACGAAACCACUUAGAUGAACGAGAUGUUCAAUGGCACAAAUGUGAAAAAUGCCCUUUUAAAAGUGUAUUAAAAAGUUAUUUAACCAGACACGUAAACAACUUGCACUUGAAAGAAGAAGAAGGUAAAUGGUUUCAAUGCAAUGAGUGUCCAUACAAAACAAGGGUGAAAGGUAGUUUAAAAACUCACGUAAUUUUAAAACAUCGAGAUGAAGAAAAAAUCGAAUUAAACAAACAAAAUGCAGAAAAGCGUAAGUGUAAAAAGUGUUCAUUUAAAACCAUAAAUUUGUUUGACUCGAACGAAGAAGACGUUAAAUUGCAAGAAUGUAAGGAGUGUCUGCUCAAUAAAAAUAAGCGCUAUGAAUGUAAAUAUUGUCCAUUCAAAACCAAGUGGAAGCCGAAUUUACAUAAGCACGUAAUUACUUUCCAUCUGGACGAUAAAGAAGCUAAAUGGCACCAAUGUGACAAAUGUCCAUACAGAAAUAAAUUUAGAGCAGAAUUACGGAAACACAAAGAAGUUAAUCAUUCAGAAGAACCAAAAUGGUAUGAAUGUGCCAAGUGUUCGUAUAAAACUAAAAUAAAAACCUACUUAAAACAGCAUGUACCGAUUCAUUUCGAGAGCAAACCGUAUCAGUGCGAAUAUUGUCCAUACAAAUCGAGACGCAACCGUGAUUUAAAAACUCACAUAAACGACCGCCACAUAUUUCAGAUAAAUCCUGAUGGUAAAGACGUUAAAUGGUACGAGUGUGAAAAAUGUUCGUUCAAAACUAGAAAGAAAAAAUGUUUAAAAAAUCACAUAACUAACAUACACUUGAGCAAAGAAGACAUCAAAUGGCUCCAGUGCAAUGAGUGUUCAUUUAAGGGUAAAUAUUUGUAUCAAUUAAAACGGCACGAAAUCGCUGUGCAUUUAAACGACGACAAAAUCAAGUGGUUCGAGUGCGAAUAUUGUCCACAUAAGACGAAACUCAAGAGCUAUUUAACGUCCCAUAUGAAUAGAUGCCAUUUUGAAAAAACGGACGCUAAUAAGUGGCACAAAUGCGAUCAGUGUCCUUACAAAACCAAAAUUGUGUCAUUUCUUUAUAAACACCAACAAGAACGACAUAAAUAGGAUUUAAUUUAGUGUAGUAGUAUUAAGGCGAUUGUAUACAUUAAGUACGGGUUUUGUUGUAUUUUAUGACUAUUUUUUCAAUAAAAUUGAAAAAACAAAA